CAACGCGCACAGGCUAAAAUUCGGAGGCGGACACCUAUAUAAAUCGACUCUCUCACAUCAACUCCAGCAGGUUACUAUCACAUACACCACGCCCCCUCGGAGCGCCUCGUAUCUCUCUCUCCUCUCUCUCUCACUCUACAAGACAAGAUUUUUCUCAAUUCAUCAAUCGAAGUGAACUCAUCGAUAUUCAAUUUCACCUACAUUGAUACUGGUUAACGUAAAGUUAUAGUUUAUCGGAGGUCAUCUUUGGAGGGGAAUGACCCUUUGCCUUCUGUUUUGAGGAAUCAAAAUGUCAGGGAUACUCAGUUCAGGAUUGAAUGGAUCAAAUUCAAGCCUUCCAGAUAACACUGGAAGAGCUUUCGCAACUUCCUUUUCUGCCCAGUCUGGUUCCUCCGGCGCUGUUUUAAAUCAGUCUGGUGGAAAUCUUCAAGGACUUCAUAACAUCCAUGGUAGCUUCAACAUGUCAAACAUGCCUGCACCAUAUGCAUCAAGAAAUUCAGCGAAUCUUAGUGGUAUUCCAAACACUGUCCAGCAAGCUCCAGGGAGCGUGUCAAAUGGGAGAUACGCAAUAAAUAGUCUUCCAAAUGCACUUUCUCAGCUAUCUCUUGGAAGUUCACAUGGGCAUUCAGGUGUUACAAAUACUGGGGGCCCAGGUGUUCUUCCCAAUAUGGGAAAUACAGGCCGAAUUACAAAUUCUAUUGGUGGUCUUGUGGGUGGAGGCAACGCUUCAAGGGGUGCUAACUCUAGUGGGGUGGGCAAUAUUCCUGGCCUUGCUUCUCGCUUGAACUUGACUGCUCCACAGGUGGUCUCCAUGCUAGGCAAUUCUUAUUCUGGUUCUGGUGUGCCACUCUCACAAAACCAAUAUCAAGCUGGGAAUAAUAAUUUUAGUUUUAUGGCAUUAUUAAAUGAUUCAAAUGCCCACGAUAAUGGUGGUUUUGAUGUAAAUGACUUUCCUCAGCUAUCUGGCCGUCCUCCUUCUGCCGGUGGUUCUCAUGGUCAAAUAGGUUUAAUGCAAAAGCAUAACAUCGGUUUCGCCCAACAGAACCAAGAAUUCAGCAUUCAGAAUGAAGAUUUUCCUGCUUUGCCAGGAUAUAAAGCAGGUGGUCUUAAUGUCGGGGGCAAUGCGGAAUAUACCAUAAAUACCCACCAAAAAGAACAGAUCCAUGACAGUAUGGCAAAUUUAAUACAGUCCCAGCAAUUAUCCAUGGGAAGGUCUUCUGGAUUCAAUUUUGGUGGCUCAUAUUCGUCACAUCAUCCUCAGCAACAUCGCGCUUCGUCAAUAAAUGGCACAGGAGUUUCCUAUCUAACAUCCGGCAAUCAAGAUCUUCAUUUUCACGGUCCUGAUCAAUAUCAGCAAUUCCAACAGUCGCAAUCUCGUUUCAUCAAUCACCCCUUUAGAGAUAAAGACAUGAAAUCCACGCAGGGAUCCCAAACUGUACCUGACCAAUACGGGAUGCUCGGUUUAUUAAGCAUCAUAAAAAUGGUCAACCCAGCUUUGACCUCUCUUGCUUUGGGGAUUGAUCUGACAACUCUUGGUCUGAACUUAAACUCAUCCGAUACUCUUCACAAGAAGUUCGCAUCUCCUUGGUCAGAUGAACCCGUGAGAGGAGAGCCAGAGUACGUUGUUCCUGAAUGUUAUUAUGACAAACAACGUCCUCCACUGAAUCAAGGUACCUUUGCGAGAUUCCGGCCGGAAACAUUGUUAUAUGUCUUUUACAGCAUGCCAAAAGACGAGGCGCAAAUCUUUGCAGCAAAUGAACUUUACAACAGAGGAUGGUUCUACCACAGAGAGCACCGGUUAUGGUUCACAAGGGUGGCGAACGUGGAACCUCUCGUAAAGACAAACAGUUACGAGAGAGGUUCCUACAUCUGUUUCGAUCCCAAUACCUGGCAUGCAUCAAGAAAGGAUAACUUUGUCCUGCAAUAUGAAAUGGUUGAGAAAAGGCCGACAUUGUCUCAGCAGUUGCCGUUGUAGUUUUGAUUUUUGUCCUUGUCGUCUAAGCUAUUUAAUUUAGGAUUAUAUUUCGUCGGAACAAUAUCUUGUUGAUAAUAUGCUGAUUUACUUCGAACCACACACCUGUUUACCCAUAUUUAUUUUCUCCAGGCAUAUUUAUUCAAGGAUUAAAGAACCCCUUUCGACAUUU